GAGUCCCUUGUCCCGCCGGAGCCCAGGGGGCCACCCCCCCGGGGGGCGGCGGGGGAAGGGAAGGGGUCCCGAUGGAUCCCCAGGACAGCGGCAGCGAGGGCAGCGCGGGCAGCGGGGGCAGCCUGCGUCCGUCCAGCGCCCAGAUGUUCGCCACCACGUCGACGCUGCACGGCCUCCGCCACAUCUGCGCGUCCGGGCCGCUGACCGUGCGCCGCCUGCUGUGGACGGUCGCCUUCGCGGGCUCGCUGGGCUUGCUGCUGCUGGAGAGCUCGGAGCGCGUCUCCUUCUACUUCUCCUACCAGCACGUCACCAAGGUGGACGAGGUGGCCGUCCGCAGCCUCGUCUUCCCGGCCGUGACGGUGUGCAACCUCAACGGCGUCCGCUUCUCGCGGCUGUCCGCCAACGACCUGUACCACGCGGGCGAGCUGCUGGCCCUGCUGGACGUGCACCUGCAGGUGCGGGAGCCGCACCUGGCCGACCCGGCCGCCCUCGAGGCCCUGCGGGGCAAGGCCCGCUUCCAGCGCUACAAGCCCAAGGCCUUCAGCAUGCGCGAGUUCGUGGAGCGCGUGGGCCACGAGCUGCGGGACAUGAUGCUCUACUGCAGGUUCCGCGGCCAGGAGUGCGGACACCGCGACUUCACAACCGUGUUUACCAAGUAUGGGAAGUGUUACAUGUUCAAUUCUGGAGAAGAUGGCAAGCCUCUGCUGACCACUGUCAAGGGGGGCACAGGCAACGGUCUGGAGAUCAUGCUGGACAUACAGCAGGAUGAGUACUUGCCCAUCUGGGGAGAAACAGAGGAAACGACGUUUGAAGCUGGUGUGAAGGUUCAGAUCCACAGUCAGUCGGAGCCCCCGUUUGUCCAGGAGCUGGGCUUUGGGGUAGCCCCUGGAUUCCAGACCUUUGUGGCCACCCAGGAGCAGAGGCUGACGUACCUGCCCCCUCCCUGGGGUGAAUGUCGGCCCUCGGACCUGGGAUUGGACUUCUUCCCUGUUUACAGCAUUACGGCUUGUAGGAUCGAUUGUGAGACCCGCUACAUUGUGGAGAACUGCAACUGCAGGAUGGUCCACAUGCCAGGUGACGCUCCUUUUUGUACCCCUGAGCAGUACAAGGAAUGUGCCGAGCCAGCCCUAGGUUUGCUGGCCGAGAAGGACAGUAAUUACUGUAUCUGCAGGACACCCUGUAACCUAACUAGGUACAAUAAAGAGCUGUCCAUGGUGAAGAUUCCCAGCAAAACCUCUGCCAAGUACCUGGAGAAAAAGUUUAAUAAGUCAGAAAAAUACAUCUCAGAGAAUAUUCUUGUCCUUGAUAUCUUCUUUGAAGCGCUCAACUAUGAGACAAUUGAGCAGAAGAAAGCAUAUGAAGUUGCAGCCUUACUCGGUGACAUUGGUGGUCAGAUGGGAUUAUUUAUUGGUGCUAGUAUCCUUACAAUACUAGAGCUCUUUGAUUACAUUUAUGAGCUGAUCAAAGAGAAGUUGUUUGAUCUGCUUGGAAGAGAAGAAGAGGACAGCAGCCAUGAGGAAAAUGUGAGCACUUGCGGCCCGAUGCCCAACCACUCGGAGACGGUCAGCCACACUGUGAAUGUGCCGCUGCAGCCGGCACUGGGGCCGCCAGAGGAGAUCGCCUGCUGACCCCUCGCCGGCGGAGCGACGACCCUGCCUGGGAGCAGCGAUGUCCAGCUCAGGACCAAACCGGUGGAAAGAAGUCAAUUGCUAUGCAUAAAAAUUCUGCCAAAACCGAGCUAGAGUCCCCGCUGGCUUGAUUACACUCUCGUUUCCUGUGGGGUUACUUCUAAAAUGGAGGAAUCCUCAUUUUUGAACCGUGUGAAAACAAAACCACCAUGUCAUAUCCUGCCAGAUGUAUAAAACACUUGCAUGCCGAUACUUUUUAUGGCAACAUAUUCAUACCUGUCUUUUUAAGCAGUAUUCCUCUUUACGAUUUCUGAUUUCCAUGGCAAGAUUUGUUCCUCAGAAUGAAAUCGUUGCCAAAAUGUUCGACGACCUCACCUCGACUAGCAUCAUAGGCUGAACUAGAAUAAAAACAAAGGAAACCGACAGACUCCUAACAUGUUUUGUGUUUGUGUAGUUUGUGAUGGUUCACAACCUAACGGGCCAGGCCUUGUGAUGACCGGUCUGCCUUUGGGGCCCCGGGGUCAGAGGUCACUAGGUCCAGGCCUCGCUCGCUUAUUCUGACUCGGUGCACUGGAUUACUUGGAACAGAUUCCAAGGCUACUAUGUUGUACUUUGAGGUUUGUCAUGCAGCAUGUAUAGUCUGGUUUGGAGAUUGGGGGGCGGAGAAGGUUGGUUUAUUCUGUGCUUCAAAUCUCAAUCGUUCCUGUUAUCAAACUUGAUCUCAUGGAAAUGUCCACCUUCAGUCACUGUCCUGGAGGGUCAAAGUUGGGUAGCGGGAUUGAGGCGGAAGCUGUCCCUUGUUUAAGGUCUCUGCAGUAACUGCUGUGAGACCAGGAUCGAGGGUGGGGAUAGGGAAGCAGCUGUGACCCUCAUCCAAGAUUCAGUGCAAGACUCAUCCAUCCACCAUGUCCUCUUCCUGGGAGCAGAAAUGUCCCCCUCCCGCCCCACCCCCCGUCCCCACACCAAACCCCACCACUGGCUUCUUCCUGCCCAAGCCAGGUGGUUUCUUUCCCCAAAUCUGUGCCCGGGGAGAGACUUCAGGGUUUCAGACAGAACUGCCCAGCAGAGCAAGGCUGUCUGCUCGGGGCUCCCCUGGCUACUGGAGGCCAGGUAUAUCCCACCCAAGUGCCACACUGCUGCGGCAUCCAAAGCCAGACCCCCUGGCUCCGAGCCCAACAUGCAGACUCUUCGCACCCGGCCUCCCCAGAGCUCAGAGCCCAGCUUGCCAAUGUAAGAACAACAUUCCCUCUUGGGUUCACCCUCCUUUCCAUUCUUUGGGCAGACCCCUCCACCUUCCCCGGAGCUACCCAGAGGUGGUUGGGACUCAGAAAAAAAGAUAUGGCCUAAGUUAUCUAGGGACCUUUGUUGCCAGAUGUUGUUACUGAGUCUUCCUAUUCCUAGCAUUCCCCUAUCCUCCAACCUCCUCCAAAGGCUGCUCCCAGAGACUUCUGGGGUGACAUCUGGGAGGAGGGGAUCCCAACGUCCGGGCCUCUGGCAAACCGGGGAAGGCCGCGCUCUUCACUGUUUGAAACUACUUUUCAUUGUUCCUUCAUGGGUGACUCUCCUGUCCCAUAUUUCCGGAAGUUUUCACGGCCAAUGACACCUCUUGUAGUCGGCUGGAGUCUUGUCUGUCAUUGGGUGUGCCCAGGAGAGGAUAGGGGUUGGGAGGGUCCACACGAAGUGGAGCUCUGAAAACUCGGUGAGCUCAGACCUUGCGGACACCGUGUCUCCCAGACCCAUCAGAAUGGUAACACAGGACAUUCUGGAUUUCUCACAGUUGUCUUUAGUCGGGGAAUACUGGGACCGAUUUAGGUUUCUCAUUGAGCAGGAGAAGAUUCCAUUUUGCUCAAAGCAGUUUUCCUCCGUAUUCUGUUUUCAAGGCACACUGACGGCCCCUGGUGUUUUCCCAAGCCGCCGGUGACCCGAGCCUUUGGUAUCGACCCGCUCUGGUGGAGCCCAACAGCCCCAGCUGGGCCCUGCCUCCUGCCCCCAUCACUGUUCCCAGCGCCAUCUCCACCACUCCGCUCUGCUCGCAGAACCACAUUCUUCCAGCAUAGAUGUGGAGCGUGCUCUGUGGGUUCUGAUUUGUAAAGCAACAAUGCACUCCCCGGCCGGGUUCUCACUUUGUCACCACCACCCAGGGGAGGGGGACUAUGUAUCUUGUCAAUAUGAUGUGAAAUAAAAAGAUCCAGUGAAUUUUACAAAGAA